AAGCGCCUGUAAUCUCUCGAAGUAAACCAUGAUGUGAACCUGCCUUUACCGAGUACUUACUGCACCACAACAGACCAUUUAAAAAGAACGAUUGGAUUACCAUUAUGGAUGUGGAACUAAAACGUACGUCUCGUCUGUGGCACCUGUAUAUGACACUCAAUGUCGAGACUCGGUCCCUGAAAUGUGGCAGGCUGUACUUGACCUCGCCACCGUGUUUCAAGGAUCAAGCUAUACUGCAGAACCGUGUCAGAAGUUGUGGUUGUUGCCUUUGUGUGGUUCGCUGUUUGGAGUCUAUGUACUUCUCAAGACCUAGCGGACCUUCCUCAAGGCUGAACGAAGAAACUUACACUUCAAGUUGCCGUUACAAGCUUAUGGCUGUGACUUUGUUCUAAUAUCAACACACACGGUGUGAGGAUGAGUAGCGCAUUCUGCCAACUUUAACUUCUGAUUGAUUCAUGCCGUUAACACUCGUAUGCGUGAGCAUGAAUAUAUAAGCCGAAGAGCAGCGCUCACACAGCCGUCACGUCUUCCACUUGUUUUGCCAAUUUUGAUUUUGUCGUCGUUUGGUUGUUGAUUAGGUUCCAUGGUCAUGGUCUCUAGGUUAUAAGUAGGACGCAUAUCCUGCGGUCUCUUCCGGCCCCCAUCACAUCCCUCGCUACUUAAAGUUCACACUGCGGAGAUAGAAUGGCCCCAAGUCGUGACAACGCGGAUUGGAAAGUAUACGCAAGACAGAUGCUAGCAUUGAACUAUGGUCUUGCACUAUGGCAGCCGUCCCCCUCGUCUCGACACAAGCAGGUACAGAUCGGCGAUGUUGGUUACAUUAGGGAUGGAAGUUUUCGUCUGCUCUUCAACGCCGCCAAGCCUACUGGGGCAGUCCCUGAAGGCUUUGUCCCGUUACAAAUUGGAACGAUUCACCACAACCAGCCCCGGAGCCGGGGUUUGUUAUGGACGAAAUCCAUUAAACUACUUGGUACAGGUGGGGGAUGGGACUUUUCUCAAGCACCCAUCCCCGCCAACGCAGCGGUAUUCUAUUCCUUCCAGACUACCACUACCGAAGGUGCCGCCCUUUUAACGAGGCAUAAAACUCAUCGGUCAGACGCCGAACAACUGGGUCGAUUUCAGAAGUACAUUCGCAAGCACUACAAAUCUUGGUUGCGUUUUGCCAAUAGUCAACUCGAGUAUGCCAUCACUGUCGAUGACCUGCUCCUUGUCACUGGCUGCGAUAUGACCAAGGACUACUCUAUGCUUGCAUUUACGGAGAACCAACAGCUCAUUGGCUUUGAUUUUAGACUCAGAGCCGGGUCUGCCAUGUCUGUUGGUGCCUCUACUUGGGCGUCAUGGGAAUGCCAGUUUCCCACAUUUCAGAACUGGGGUCCUCAGCCUAUGAACAACCUCGAUAAGGCUAUUUCGUGGCUUGACACACCAAAGCGUACGCAGUGCGUCUUUGUUCGUGGAUAUCGUAUUCGCGAGCGGGCAAAAGUCAUACCCACAGUUAUCGAGGCCGGUGCAGAACCCCCAAACCCAGGCAAUGAUGUAGAACGCAGGGGCGAUUCUGGUGGUUUAGCAACGUCUGCCAAUUACACUGCACAGCACUAUGACCCUCUCUACCCAAUAUUUGAAUACAUAUCUAAGGAGUCGGCCGCCGAUCUUGCCAUCAUUCACGACAAUGACUUUUCUGAAUUAUUCCAUAUCGAUUCCAAUGCCGAUGCCGGCACUCUUACCGAUGUCCUGCAUAAAUGGAGACCAAAAAUACGAAUUGAAGACGGAGCCGGUAUUGUCCAUUUUGAGAAUGUCUCGCUAUUAAGAGAUCUACAAGAUUCCAAACCCAAGAAGGCAGCCAACCCUUCGAGUGAGCCACAGGGCCAACCAUCACGUCCGAAGCUAAACACUUCGCCUUCCUCUCAAGCAAGCGUAAUCAUCAGUGGAAAGAUUUGCAUAUGAUUGGGAACAUAUCUACGUUUUCUCAAAGAACACCAAUGUAUUGUUGCAUCCUCUCUUCCAAUUACCUUAUCAUAGAAUGGCAUUCGCAGGCCGUUGCCGGCCAACC